UGUGAACAUUGAUUACAAUGUUUUACACUAAACUCUAAACAUUUAUUCAGUUUAUUAUUAUUAUUAUUAUUAUUAUAGUUAUUAUUAUCCAUCACUUCAUCAUUCAUUUGAUCCAAAUUGAAGACAAUGCAGGACUUGACUCACAAAAAGAUAUUAAUAGCAAAAGUGUUACCAAUGAUGGCUUCAAAUAUCAACACUAAUAAUAAACAAAAGUUCAUCGAAGUUAAGAUCAAAGAUUUAAAGGCAAUGACAACCAGAUGUUUGACCAGUGGUCAGCUAUCGGCUGACAAACCGGUGGACAAACCAAAGCGUAAAAGAGAAAAGUUGGACCACUUGACCAUCGAUGAGAAAAUUAAAAGAAGGAAACUUCACAACAGAGCGGCCGCACAGUUGGCCAGAGAUCGGAAAAAAUCUAAAAUGAGUGAUUUGUACGAUAAAGUUGAAUGUCUUACUCGAGAAAAACAAAUCCUUUUGAACACAAAUGAAGAGUUGAUUGCAAGACAUGAAGCUUUGGAAAUAGAGAACAGAGAACUAAAGGAAAGGUUAUCAUCGAUGAGCCAACAGUGCGUCAAAUCUGUAGAGGAAAGCGAUUGUAACGUUGAGUCCGCAGAACUCAUUAAUGUUUCUCAGCCGCAGAAACUCGCGACGAUUGCCACCAAAACAGAUAUGAAAGCUGUGUCUCACUCGAUGAUGCCAUUCAUCUCUUGGUUAACGGUUCUGAAUCUGAUUCAGUGCUUCAAUUCCUUCAGCAAUGUUCACAAGAUUUACUCGACUCUGAAAUUACAAUCUCAGACAAUGGAGAAAACUGUCAAACAGGAGAACCAAUUGAGUCAAACGAUAUCCCAAUCCCAGUGUCGGAUGUCAGCACUCAAGACGACUAUACAGACUUUGAAUUCUCUCAAUACUUGAAGCUAAACACCAAACCCGUGAGUCCGAUGUCCUCUCAAAGCGAUUCUGGCUAUGAGUCGGACAAUUCACAUAUUGUUUUGUCUGACAAUAGCAUUGAUGUGACCACUGAUAUGCAAUGGAAGGAAACACUAUCCGAGCUCUUUCCGGAUCUCAUCUAAAUUAUUGUCUUCAAAAUCAUUCAUUUAUUAAUAUAUAUAUUCAUUUAAAAAUUAACAUUUAUGUUCAUUAUGUUCAAUAUUUUCUAUUUAAAAAUAUAACCAUUAAAU